AUGAAUGAUUCAUUGUCAAAGAUUACUUCUAUGAUAGAGUCGGCAAAGGACUUGUCGAUUGAAGCGGCAAUGUCGGCAUCGGCUCGCCUUAUCGAUUCGACGAAUGCCCCACGUCCACAAGAAAUCUCUUCACUACUCAACUCAAGAUCGAAUAGAGAUAUUCUGAAUGGUAUGAAAUGCGUCAUUGGAUUAAUUGCCAAAGGAGAAGAUGGAUUGCCAUACUUUGCUGACGUAGUGAAGAACGUCACUAAUGACAAUGCCAAGGUCAAACAAUUGGUGUUCAUUUACUUGACCAAGUAUGCGGAUGCGCAAGCAGAUACUGCAUUGCUUGCAAUCAACUCGAUACAAAAAUCGCUUAAUGAUAAAACUCCGUCAAACAGAGCUAAUGCGAUAAGAUCGUUAGCGGGAAUUAAAAUUAGUUCUAUUGUGCCAAUACUUGCAUUGAGCUUAAAACGAACUGCGACAGAUCCAUCUCCACAAGUUCGGGCUGCUAGUGCUAUGGCCAUAGGGAAAGUUUAUGCAAUAUCUGGCAAAUCAAAAAAGCAGAUGUAUGAAAUUUUGGGAACAUUGUUGGCCGAUAGUGAUGUCAUUGUUGUGUCAGCUGCUAUCAAGUCGUAUUUCAAAAUUUUUCCAAAUAUACGCGGCGAAACGAAGAAUUGGAAAUUUAUUCAUGGGAACUUUAGGAGGAUCUGUUCAUUGUUGUCGAAGUUUGACGAAUGGGCCCAAGUUUAUGCCAUUGAUAUUUUGACGUUGUAUUGCCGAAAAUUCAUUGCAAAACCAUCCGAGAACAAAAUUGACCCAGACUUGAGCUUGCUUGUACAAUCGUUAGAGCCUUUGAUAUCUUCGGUUUCAGAUAUGGUUAUCCUCACUGUCGUGAGAGGCAUUUACCUUUUAGCACCUUGGCACUUGACCAAUAUGGAUAUAAUUCUUACUCGCAUAUCGACAUCCACUAAUGACACAACAACUAGAGUGUACUCAUUGCAAACAAUUGAGUACGUUUGUCAAGACUUAGCACAUAUCUUUGCACACAGAUUCCGACUGUUUUACGUAUCUCCUGAUGACCCUCCCGGGAUAGCGAUUUUAAAACUCAACAUUCUUGGCUCCAUCUCGAACGACACAAAUUUCAAGUAUAUUUUUGAAGAGCUCAAAUACUAUGCGUUGCAUUCAAAGAGCAGAAUAGUGAAAAGGGGAUCAAUAAAAGCCAUGGCAAAAUGUUCACAGAUUUCACCAGAGUGGAGCGAAAGAAUUUUACAAUGGUGUUUGACGAAUAUCAAGGUCUUGGGGGGUGAGUCUCUUUCGGAAAUCUUAACCGUUGUUCGCUUUAUAAUCCAGCAAAAGUGUGCUGCAUCUGGCGACAAAGAAAAGCAUGAAAUUAUGAAUGUACUUCACAAAUUGGCUUUCUAUUUGAUUGAUGACGGACAAAAUUUGGAAAAUAAUGCGAAGGCGUCUAUUAUAUGGACAAUUGGAGAGUAUACAGGUCUUGCUGAAAACUCCAUUGGACCUGAUGCGUUGAGGAUGUCCUUGAAAUCAUUUGCCACGCAAGCAGCAUGUGUUAGAUAUCAAUUAUUGGUAUUGGCAUGUAAAAUAGUUGUCUAUAAUAUGAACAGAUUACUAAGCGAGCAUGGUGACUCUAAUGAGGACAAGCAAACGGUGAACUUAAAAUUACAAGAAACAAUCGAAUUCAGAAUGUUCCAAUAUGUUUUACAUUUGGCCAAGUAUGAUCCUUCGUACGAUACGAGGGAUCGAGCUAGAAUGUUUAGUGUAUUGUUGAAUUCAGGUAUUGACAGGGCACCAUUGGCGUCCUUGAUUCUACAAGUUCCCAAACCAACUCCAUUGGUCAAUGAUAGGGCCAUUGGCUUUGAUGAAGAAUUCAAAGCUUUGAAGUUGUAUUUCCAGGUUACUGAAUGGUCAACAGACAUUUCUCAGUUACCCUCAUCUUCUAUCAGAAAGGAAGCUCCAAUACAGUACAAUAAAUUGUCGAACGCAUCGAGUGUUUUUUCUGAGCGAUCAAAGUCGCCAAGUCCUGUUAACACACAGUCAUUCUCCUCCAACCAGUUCAGCAAAGGCGGUGUGAGUCAAUCGGAGCAAAUAGCAAAGACAUAUCAGCUACAAAGCUUGGAUGAAUUUUUUGGAAGUGAUGAAGAAUCGAGUGAAGAGGAAGAAGAAGUGAGCGAAGCGGAGGAGGAGGAUUUUGAUGGUGAUGAUGAUGAUGAUGAUGAUGAUGAUGAUGAUAAUGAAGGCGAUGCAUGCGAAAGUGAUGAAAGUGAAGAGGAGUCAAGCGAGAAUGAUUCAAUUCAGUCAUAA